CAUGUAACAAUAUUAAGUUGGUAGAAGGAAUCCAUCAUGUAAAUUUAAUCCUUAAUAAAUUAGAACCAUAAUAACAAUCUUUAAAAUAUAAUCAAUAUUAAUCAAGAUCACCUUUUUAAAGCAUUGAAAAUACUUAAAAUACAUAAAUGCCACCUAAUAAAUUUCAUCACAAAGCAAGCACUGAUAUUGAUAAUAUCAAUAAAACUACAUCAAUUGCAACCAAUCCAUACUAUAAUUAAUAUCUUAAAAGAGCAUCUAAUUCAAGUCAUUAAGAUAAACCUCCUGUAAUUUAUUAAUAUUAUUAUAUAGUCAUUAUAAUACAGUAAUUCUAAAUCUAAUAUAAAUCCUAACUAAUCACAUGAUUACUCAAUAUAAUUUAAAGUUGGAGGUAAAAAUGAAAAAAAAAACGAUUCAAUUAAUGAAACAUAAUUAUCUUAAUUUAUUAAUCCAACUAAAUAAUUUGUUUGCAUGAGUCCUGCAUAAAAUCGUGAUAACUCUAUAAUUUUUUAGUCUCCAAAAUAAACCUAAUAAACAACUAUUGUACAAUCCCCUCAACCUUAUAAUUUAAUAAAUACUCCUAUUUAUUAUAAUAAUAAUAAAGGAUCAUAAUCAUAACUUAAACCAAUAAAUUAUAGUAAUCCAAAUUUAUUAAAUGAGUUUAAAUAAUUAUAAGAUUCUAAUAAUUUAUUGUAAUAAACUAUUUAAUAGAUAGAAAGUGAAAUAUAAAGAGGAUAAUCUUCAUAAUUUAUUUAAGAAUUAGAAUAAAAAAUUAAUUUAUUAAAAUAGUUAAAUGAUAAAUUGUAAUUUGAAAAUUAAUCUUUAAUAGAAUAAACAGAUAUUACAAGAAUGAAGGAAAAUUUAGAAAAAUCUUAAUAAAUUCGUAAAUAAACAUCAUAAUAACUUUAGAAUAUUAAAUUAGAAUAAUAAUAAUAUUAAUAGAAAUGUGAUGAAUUACAAAAUAAAUUAGAUUAAAAUGAUGAUUCUUAAAUUAAAGAUUUAGUUAUUGAAUUAGAAAAUAAGGUUUAGAAUUUAAUUACAGAAAAUGAUAGAUUGAAUCAAUAAUUAUCUACAAAUUCCAAUCUUCAAAUGAUUUCUGAUAUAGCCAGAUUGAAAAAUGAAAUAGAGAAUCUAAAUAAAAAUUAAUAAUAAUUAAAAAGGGAUGAAGAACAUUUCAAAUUAACAUAUAAUUAGGUUGAAUAGGUUUAUUAAUAAAAAAUGGAAGAAAAUAUAUAUGCAGAUUUAAAUGAGAAAAUUUAAUUAUUGAUUGAAGAAAAUGAAAGAUUAUAAUAGGUUAUCAAUGAUUCAGAAUAUACUGAUUAAGAUCUAUAAGAUAUUAAAGCAAGAGUAAAAUAAUAUUAUAUAUAUUUUUAGAUUAAAGUAAUUAAAUAAGAUAAUUUUAAAAUGGAAUAGCAUUUAAAAAGAAAAAAUCUUAAUAAAAAUUAUUGA